AUGUCGCUUCCUGAGGAGAUUGUCGAGCUCAUCUGUCAGCAGCUCACGAUCCGUGACUCUCUGACUUUGUCUUUUGUUUGCCGAGCAUCGAAAGCCCUCAAUCGUAUUGUGACGCCUGUUCUAUAUUCUCGUUUUAACCCGUGGGGAAAGAUGAAGAAGCUUGCCGAUUUCCUCAGGUCUAUUAGUCUACGACCUGAACUUGGUGGAUAUGUGCAGGAAAUCAUUUUUAGCGGAUCCUUAUUCUGGUUUGAGCUUACAGAAGACCAUCUCACCGUCUUUGCGGAUGUGGCGACUAGAUUGGGCAUAGACCUCGAAGAUUGGAUGAAGGAAUAUCCAUACGAGGCCGUGACGCAGCUCGUCAUCGCGCAGACACCCAAUGUGAAGAUCAUGGAUGUUGUUGUGGACGAGGCUUAUGCCGAGGCUGGCGCCGGGGCUUUCAGACUGCUAGAGAAAUUGGCUGCUCAAACUCCAAGAUGGGUAUCUUUGCCUCAGCUACACCAGCUUACAGUGGGCCAUGAGGAGCCCAGGAGAAUUUCUCUGGGAUACUUUGGGGGGAUUAUUGAGCUUGCACCUCACAUACAAGAGCUCACUAUAAGCCCUUGCUACGGCCUCUAUUGUGAUGAAGAGCCUAAGAAUGACCGAUUCUCUCUCAACAAUGUGACAAACCUAAAGCUUGAUGGUGGUCACAUAUCCAAGUCUCAGUUAGAAUCGAUAGUCCGUCUUUGUAGACGGUUAGAGAUUUUUGAGUUGAGGCACAACACUAUGUAUGCUGGCCUUCCGGAAGUUAUUGUGACGCCUAGGGAGGUGAUUGAAAUACUGGCGCUACAUAAACAUACCCUUCGCUCUAUCUCAGUUGACCUAGGAUACCGAGAACGCCGGACGCCGGACGACCUUAGUUUCACCGGCAUCUGCGCAGAUGGUCAUCAAAUUCUUUCUCUUAAAGAAUUUUCGCGGCUUGAAACAUUUAAGAUUGAUGGAACCUCAGUCCUAUUUCCGGCAAUUACAAAGUCAGACUAUCACACGAAUGUUCUCGUCAAUUUAUUGCCCAAAUCUAUCCGCCAGUUUCAGCUCAUAAACGCGCAGUACGAGGCUGUUGCUAAUAUGAUCUGUCUAGUUGAAUCGAUUACCGAGUUUCCCUUACUUAAAGAAGUGACUCUGACGGGAAAUGUAGCAGGUGGGCCCCUAGGUGAAGACAUGGUGGAAUUUGAUAAGCAUGAGCUUGACACCCUUUACGCAAUGCUGGAAAGGAAUGGAAUAAUGAUUGGAAAGAAAUCAAGAUAA